GCCCGGUUGCCAAAUGAAAAUAAUAUUGUAAUAAGAAUUAAAAUAAGUACCUAUAUAAAAUAUUUUUUCAUUAGAAAAUUAUUGCUAAGUUCACUUUUUUUUGUCUUCAGAUGUCAAAACGACUACAGGCAAUACUAUUUUAUUUUUAUCUGGCCUAAUAUAAUAGCGUGUAGGCAGGAAAAGAUAAAUAAGCAGGUAAUCAUACGAAUCAUCAAAAUUAUUAAUCAUUGAAAACAAUCGCAAAGAGAGAGUUCGUUUAAUCAAUCUGUAAUGGAAUCAGAUAACGAAUUAUUGUACCUACAGCGGCAUCUAUCUGCCAACACGAAACAAUCACACUGCUCUCAGCUGCCAUACCUAGCUUACGUCUACGUUGCUAGCGUGCUAUGCGCAGUCAGGUAUGUGUUGUCUGUAUGUAGUCGAAGGUCGAGCACGCGUGUCGGCCGCGAGCUGUCGCGACUGUGACGUUUGUGUUAUAGUUCACAGCAUACAGCGAGGUGGAGUCAGCAUGUCGUCGGAGCCCUGCGCGGUGCGCGCCAUGCGCCGCGAGGACGUGCCCGCCGUGCACCGCAUGAUCCACGAACUGGCGGCGUUCGAGGGGAUGCCUGAGGGGCCGAAACUCAGCGUGGAAGAUCUGAUCGAGGACGGGUUCUCGAGCUCGCCGAGCUGGUUCUUCGGGCUGGUGGCGGAGGUCGGCGGCGAGCUGGUGGGCCACGCGCUGUGCAGCCGCGCCUACUCCAGCUGGACGCGCCGCGCCUUCUACGUGGAGGACCUGUACGUGCGGCCGGCGCGGCGCGGCGCGGGCGUCGGCCGCCGCCUGCUGCGCGAGCUGUGCCAGGGCGACCCCGUCCACGUGAAGUACUUGCCGGCCGCCACGCUCGAGCUGCGCCGCAAGACCGUCGACAUCCUGCUGGUCAUGCAGAGCCUGCGCCACGAGAACUUGAACCCCUUCAUCGGCUGCCUGACGGAGGUGCGGCCGGCGCUGGUGUGGGAGGCGUGCGGGCGCGGCUCGCUGGAGGACGUGCUGGUGGCGGACGACAUCGGGCUGGACUGGACGUUCCGCCUGUCGUUGCUCACGGACCUGGUGCGCGGCAUGCGCUACCUGCACCAGUCACCCGUGCGCCUGCACGCGCGCCUGUCAUCGCGCAACUGCGUCGUGGACGCGCGCUGGGUGCUGCGCGUCACCGACUACGGCCUGCCCGCGCUGGCUGCGGCGCAGGCGCUGCCCUACCCGCCGCGCGCCGCCCGAGAGCUGCUGUGGACGGCGCCGGAGCUGCUGCGCGAGGCGAGCUCGGCGUCGGUGCCGGGCGGCACGCAGGCGGGCGACGUGUUCUCGUUCGGCAUCAUCAUGCAGGAGGUGAUCGUGCGCGGCGAGCCCUACUGCAUGCUGUCGCUGUCACCGGAAGAGAUCGUGGAAAAGCUGCGGCGCCCGCCGCCGCUGGUGCGGCCGUCCGUGUCGCUGGGCGCUGCGCCGCCCGACGCCGUGGCCGUCAUGCGCCAGUGCUGGAGCGAGCAGCCCGACCUGCGCCCCGACUUCGCGCGCCUGCACGACCUCUUCCGCCACAUGCACCGCGGCAGAAAAACGAACAUCGUGGACUCCAUGUUUGAGAUGUUGGAAAAAUAUAGCAAUAAUUUAGAAGAAUUAGUCAAGGAUCGCACGGAGCAGCUCGACAUGGAGAAAAAAAAGACGGAACAGCUCCUGAACCGCAUGCUGCCUCGGUCGGUGGCGGAGCGGCUGCUGCUGGGGCUGCGCGUGGAGCCGGAGGAGUUCGAGGACGUGUCGGUGUACUUCAGCGACAUCGUGGGCUUCACGGCGCUGGCGGCGCGCUCCACGCCCGUGCAGGUGGUGGACCUGCUCAACGACCUGUACACGACCUUCGACGCCGCCAUCGAGCAGUACCGCGUGUACAAGGUGGAGACGAUCGGCGACGCGUACAUGGUGGUGGGCGGGCUGCCGCAGCGCUGCGCCGACCACGCCGAGCGCGUGGCCACCAUGGCGCUGCACCUGCUGCACCUGGCGGGCCGCUUCCGCAUCCGCCACCUGCCCGCCGCGCCGCUGCACCUGCGCAGCGGCCUGCACUCGGGCCCGUGCUGCGCCGGCGUGGUGGGGCUCACCAUGCCGCGCUAUUGCCUGUUCGGCGACACCGUGAACACCGCGUCGCGCAUGGAGUCCACGGGCGCGGCGUGGCGUGUGCAGCUGUCUGGUGCCACGGCGACGCGCCUGCUGGCGGCGGGCGGCUUCCGGCUGCGCGCGCGCGGCCUCACGCCGGUCAAGGGCAAGGGCGCCAUGCUCACCUACUGGCUGCUGGGCAAGGACGGCUUCGACAAGCCUCUGCCCGCGCCGCCACCGCUCGAGACGGAAGAAGUGUUGUUCGAGGCGGAAGGUGAGGCCGAGGGCGAGGCGCCGGCCGCCCGCGCCGCGCCAGAGCGCCAGGGCUCCGACCCCUCCCCAGACAAGUUCGCGUGGCAGCGCUCGGGCGCCGCGUCGGCCAGCAACAGCCCGCCCGCCGCGCAGCGCCGCGCGCGCUACCUGCGCUCCUCGGCCGCGUCCGUGGCCGGCCCCGACGCGCCCCGCGCCGGCGCCGCGCGCGGGCUGCGGCGCCAGUGGUCGCUGGAGCGCGGCGACGCGCUGGCGGCCUCGGCGGCCGACGGCGACGCGGCCAGCUCGCCGCUGGAGCCGCUCGCGCUGCGCGCGCCGCCGUCGCGCACGGCGCCGCCGCGCUACCGCACGCGCCGCGUCGUGUCCACGCUGGACGUGUCGGCGUGGUGACGUCACGGCUCCUCCCCCGACAAUAAUUUUCGUAGUGGAGCUCUUCGGAAGCUCGGUCGAUGUCUCUUUCUUCUUAGAUAUCGUGAAUGUCGUUGUGAUUAUCGAUUUACGUAGAAAUUAACAUUUAGCUCGUGUCGAGAAAUAUUUUUAUUAAAAGAGAGUCUCCGAUUUACGUAUUCUCGGACGAUUUGUGUAUUUUUUAAUCUUUUCUUUA